CUUCAUACCUUGUCACGCAACAGUGGAAGGAAGCUGCAGAGGACCUGCGUUGCAAUGUUUCUUGUUUAAUGAUUGCUAUUAGUCUAUAAACCUGCAGAGUAAGUUUAUCUCAGACUACAUGUACUUGUACUUUUGAUAGACAGCGACAAUGUUUAAGAGUUAAGUGUUUUACACUCAUGGCCACGGGUGGUCCAGCUGGGGGUUUUCUGUACAAAUGUUCAACGGCCACAAGGCAUAUGCGCUUUAUUUUACAGUGACGUUCUCUUAAGCAACGCUGCAUAACAGCGAUAUUCAUCGUUAGGUUCGUGCUCCAGUAACACCAUUUUGACACCAAGCUUGUAACGAUGCAGCCAAAGCAAGUGACAGCAAUGGCGCUGAUCUCUGGCAUCAUCUUUCUUACGUUCAUCUCAAUGGUUGAGCAUAAUGAAUGUGAAGAUAAAGGACAAUACAGAUCAGUGAAGGGGUUUUGCUGCUACCUCUGUCCUGCAGGAGAGAGGUGGGUUGAUGACUGCAUUUCCGAUGGCGACCAAUCUUUCUGCACAUCUUGCAUGCGAGGGAAGAGCUACAUGGAAAUUGCAAACCGUGAUCCUCAAUGCAAAAAGUGCAGCACCUGCAAUAUUAUCUAUGAAGAUGUUCAACAGGACUGUACUGUCACUAGCGACACUGUGUGUCAGUGUAAGGAUGGAUACAGUCGGCCUCAUCCUUCACAGCCUUGUGGAGUUACAUCAAACACAGAAAAAAACAUUAUAAUUCCUACUGGAAUUGUGAUCUUCAUUGUUCUGGUGGCAGUGGUGGCCUUAUUGAUUUAUCGGAAGAAGAAAUGCUUAGACCCCUCUGAAACAAGUGAGGCUUUGCUUCUUCUAAGUGUGGAAGUGCAAAAUGAUGUCCUUGAGGAACCACGAAUGCUCAUUGAGAAGAGAAUGAAGUCCAGUGAUGCUGAAGUUUGGAGGCAAUUCCAUGAGUUGUUGCAAGAAGUGUAUAAAUCCAUCUCUGAAAACACGUUCUAUUUCUUGUAUGAGAUGGAUAAAAAAUAUACCAUUGACAAAUACGUGUACUGGAAGGCUUACGAAAAUACUGACAUCUCAGCACGUGCAAUUUUUAUACUGAAUUACUUUAUUAAUGCGGAUGAGACAAAGUGCCAGGGGCUCCUAGAGAUGAUCCUUGCAGGACAGAACAAGCAAACACAGCUGCAGACCCUGCUUGACUCUGCCGUCAAAUGCUCUCCAACUCUUAAUCCAAACACGGCACAUAAAGAACUCAACAUCUCAGAUGAUGGCAAGACAGCGAAAUGGCUCGAGAGCCCUCCAGAAAAACCCGAUCACCCAGAUCGGUUCAAAUACUGGUCACAGGUGCUGUCCUCUGAGAGUUUCUCUGAAGGAUGCCACUUCUGGGUGGUGAAUGUGGGGGACGUGGAAAACCUCCGUGUUGGUGUCUCUUACCAGAGUAUUCUACGUAAACAACUAGACAGUGCAUGCCUGAUGGGAUUUAACAGCAGGUCCUGGUGUUUAUGGAAAUACGAAAAUAAAUACAAGGCCUGGCACGACCAGCAGAGUACGGAGCUCGAAGUGGGUGAACAUCCUCGCAGAAUCGGUGUUGGCUUGGACUUUGAUAAACGGGUUCUGUUAUUUUACAAUGCUGACAGCAAUGAGCAUCUACACACAUUUUAUGCUCACUUCUCUGAACCCCUGCAUGUUGCUCUAUGGGUGUGGGAUGGGAAACUCACAAUUGAGCCUGUUCACAAUGAUAACAGAUUGAUAUGCAGCAGUUUGAAUAAUGUAUCCAUGGAAAAUAAUCAACAAAAUAAAAUUGCCAUGCAGCUCCUCUUAGAAAAGUCUUAGAAAGGUACAGUAUGUUAAAUAACACUUUUGUUUUCUCUACCACAUGCACUGAUAACCUUUCUAUCUAAAAAAAUAAAGGUAAGAAAAUAUGUUACAUAAAAGAUACUUCUCCAAACGUAGUAAUUCCGUCUUCAGAUGUUUCAACAUCCAAAUAGUUUUUUUCCAAUUAUCUGAUUAUCAAAGACACCCAUUUAAUCCCAAUGGACAAGCUGAGCCUUGCCAGCCAGUAACAUUUGCAUUAUAUGAAGGGGUACUAUUUGAAACUUCUGAAUGGCCCAAUGUUCUCUUGCUUUGGACUGUAAUUGGUCUGCAGCAUAAGUCCAUGGCUUUCCAAAUAUAUGUGGAUAUCACAGAUAAUAUAAAAGUUUUUCACCCAUCUGCUGGUCCACCCACCCUCUUAUAUUCAGCACAAUUGCAGAUAAUGAAACUGCCAAUUUGAAGGCAAGAAUGACAAAUAGGUCUAACUGCAUAGAUAAGACAGUUACAAAUAACUAUAGUUAUACUGUAUUUCCACAUUGUGCAAAUCAGUUGCACUGAAGACCCACACAUCAGUGCGACGGUGCCACUCUACACAAUAUCGUUUCUGGGCCGAUUAACUUCCUGUGGAUCCCUUUCUCAUAUGCUGCGACAAGGUACAAUUUCCACAUUUUGCGUUGCAGAUUAACUCAGCAUAAUUUUCUACAUUGUGUCGUGUACGUUUACACUGCAUGCAUACUUGAUUGGUGCAAAGUUAUAUUAAUGUGCCUGAGCCUUUGGUCUUGAAAGCAGCCCUGAAAAUUGCUGGGUCGUUAGUCAACUUUCAAGGCAUCCAUUCUCUAUCUGCAAUUGUUAUUGUAUAUAAAAUAUCUUACUUUUUUUGGGAGACACGUUCCUUCGGAGUGGGCAGGUAGGAUCUUGGUUAGACAGCGCAUUCAUGCACGACAGACAGACAAAUAAUCCCUGGUGGGCAGUGUGGAACCUGUUGUUCCUACCUGUAUUAAGCAAUAUGUGUUAUCAGUUUGUGAUUAUUAUUUAUAUAUUUUAAACACGAUAUAUGGGAAAGUAACCCCCAAAAAUAAUAACAUCUCAGUCUCUGAAACCUGACAUCAGGCAAAUAACGUGAUACAGCCUUUGACCACGAAUUAAUAGUGACAGCAAGCACGAUGACCACAUGCUGACCCUGUCAGUUCCAUUGAUGGCUGGAGUGAAGUUGCCUUCACUACUGUAUAGCUGCUUAUUUUGUGGAUUAGUAUUAAAUUUGUAAUUAUAAAUGUAACGGGUCCAACCCAUUGUGUUGUAUGAAUUAAUUGUGGUACAAGGGCCUGCUGAGUUAAGGGAUGAACAGAGAGAACGCGAUAGAGGGCGCAUUGGCGUCGGUUGUUGCUGGGCAGAAGUGGACUCAGGCGCAUCAUAUUUAUGAGAGUCACAAGUGUUUUCCAUUACGGUGAGCAGCAUAGAGCUAAUACUUUUGUUGUAUCCAACUUUCAGGGGUAGAUAUCAUUUAAGUCAUGCGCGGUUCGUCCACUAGGGGUGUUGGGUCGCCACCCCACUAAGCAGCUGGAAAUGAGAAGUUAUUUUUCUAAUCAAUAUACUUUUCUAUAAAUUUUUUGUUGGGUUUAUUAUUUUGUAAAUGUAAUGAUUCUUUCAACGUGAAUUGCCUAAUGAAGAUAACAUUUUAAGAUAACAUUUUAAGUUGUAAACAUAGAAACCGCUGCAACAAAAUCUUAUUUGUGCCUCGGGGAAGUCUCAGGGCAGCUGUGAUUGCGAUUAGCUUCACAUUUUAGCCACGCCGUUUGAAACUUAUUCAAGGCGGUGAAAAAGGCGCCCAUGGUUGUAAUUACUAUGUCACAACGUUAGAGUGCACUGUGCAAAUAUAGCAGGUCACGGCUUUUGGCAGUGUCAAAGGGGUUGUGGAAUGUGGACUUCAGGGUCAUGGGUCAACAUUUGAGUGCUUUGUUGUUUUGUUUUGUUUCGUAUUUCUUAUAAAUACCUACCAACGGUCGGCAUUUAUAAGCAAUACUUUCAUGGGAAGGCCAAUAACAUGAUGGGGUUUUUCUUAAUUAGAACAACUGAUUUUCAGAGGUCACUCAAAACAGCCCCACCUAUUGGAAAUGUCACGACUCGCCACUGCUAUAAGUCAUCCACAGCACAAACAUCCAGAGAGCUCUGUCCUCGAUAAUUGGAAAUGCACCACGAAUAUAUGCAGGAUGCACAAUCUUAUAUCGCUUCCCACUUUUAUUCACUAAUGUAUUCACGACUACACGACUAUCAAAUCAAUUUAUAAUGUAAGUUAAUAGAAAAUACCUGAACGUAAUAUUGAGGGUUAAAUAUAUAAUAAUACUGCAAGAUUCUGUAAACGAAAAUUGAUGGACUGAUGGUUGCAAUAAAUCAACACUGGCUCAUAAAUCUGCGUGUCUGUGUCAUAUUCUCAUGUUAGCACA